CAGCCCUGGAACGUGUGGGUAGCUUCCAGCCUCAGUCUUUAAACCGUGAACGUCCUAGCAACAAGGAGCUAUGUGUUCACCUCACUUAUCGUGCUUCUUUCCUCAGGGAAAACAAAAAAAAAAAAAAAGGCUCAAAUUCAAGUUGUAACUUCCCUUUGGCAGUGCAGGCUACAGCUCAGGGCCCACAUCUAAAAGGCGCCUCAGGACCCUGGAAGGGGCAGGCACAGACUGUCCCUCCUGCCAUGCCAGGCAGCAGCCACCUUGUAGGAUGUGAGCUAGCUCCUAAGUCAGUGGUUCUAAACCUUCCUAAUUCUGCGACCCUUUAAUACAGUUCCUCAUGUUGUGGUGACCCCCAAACGUAAAGUUAUUUUUGUUGCCAUUUCAUAACUGUAAUUUUGCUACUGUUAUGAAUCAUAAUAUAGAUAUGUUUUCAGAUGGUCUUAGGUGACCCCUGGGAAAGGGUCAUUUGACCCCCAGGUCAAGAACCCCUGUCUUAAAUGAAGUUUCACACAGCUUCCAGUGAGAGACCUGUUUGCAGUGAAGGACCUGUGGUCAGCCUUGCUUUAAACACCCUGAGUUCUGAGUGGGUGAGUGGAUUGGUUGGUUGGCUGCCUGGUUUGGUUUUUAAUUUUUCUUUCCAUAGAAUUUAUUAGAAGUCAGACCUGUGUGAAGAAAACCAUUUCCACUUCAGCUGCCUAUCCAGAGAGUGGGGUGUUUAAUCUGUGGCACUAUGAGUCACAGAAACACGCUUUUUAGAUAAAAGGGAAGAUGGUGUACUUAUAUUGUAAACUGGUUUACAAUAAAGUUUCACAUCUUAUUACAUUAAAAAAAGAAGAAAGAAACCAUUACUUUUGUGGUUGUUGGUUGUGUCCUCUGGAACUGAAAUAGCUCAGGGGGCUAGUAAACCUUCUGAUACCUUUGGCAGCUAUGGAGCCAAAUCUGCAAGAAAGGAAACCAAAUGUAAUCUAACCAUCUUCCUUGCUGAUGGGAGCCUAAGCCAGUUUACCUGCUGGAGGGAGAGGUGAACAUCCCAUAACAUCCAGUACCCUUGUCCUUGAGGCCAGAACUAGACAGAGCUAGCUGUGGGCACUCCUCACAAGGCACAGUCUGCCUGGCCUCUCUUUGGAAUUGGAGGUACAGCAGCCAUGCAGUGACAUUUAGGAUAGCUGUGUGUUAGUGCCUGGUUGGAUUUCAUCUGCCUGGAGCCUUCGGGGUAAGAAUAAUGUCCCUUGUAGACUGAGGGAGCUGAGAUGGGUCUAACAGAGACUGACCUCUGACCCACAUCUACCACUGCCCACCGCAGGCUUAGGGUCUCUGCUUGUUCCUGACGUGAUCUUUCUUACCAUGUCAAGAUGAGGCUAUUAGGAAUGUUAAAGGACUUUCCGAAGGAAAGCCAAGUGUACUUUGCCCCCUCCCCUAAAGUAGCAGUGCUUCAGCUGUCCAGUUCCCAUCUUUUUAGGCAGCAGCCCUCUCUAGACCUUCACAGCAAGCAUGGUCUCCUGGGCCCAUACCCUGCCUUGCUUUGUCCCUUUACUGAACUUGUCCCAGGUCUGGUAGGGUAGAGGACCAGGGCAUCAGAAAGUGCGACACAGCAGCUCCCAGGAUCUCCUUGGCCUCAGUGUCUCCACUGUGAACAGAGGUGGCUACUCACUGAGAACCAGUUAUGCUCACCCUGAGGAAACACUUCCAAGCAGCAGACAGGAAGUUUCUGCCCUGCCAGUGUGCUGAGAUGGAAAAGCUAUUUCUACUGGAAUCCAGGGGCAGAAGAGAAAGGCAAACAAGCUCGGAGCAUCCGCCCUGGUUCAGAGAUUUCCCCACCCACCCCUGCCGCUGGAAUGGGUUCUUGCAGUCUGCCUGCCCAGACCGUCACUCACACAUUGCAGGGUUCACAUUCAUAAAUACACUCUGGACACAGUGCCAGCACCUCCCACCUGCAAGUGAACAGCUGUUCCCAAAAGCAGGGGGUACCCCCGGCUGUCUUUCACCAGGGUUGCUGCCCAUCAUCUCCAAGAAUAAACGCCAGCUAGUGGCUGUGUGGAUCUGAAUCAUCUGGAAGCUUCCAAAGGAGGGGAGUGACUGCCUAGGACAGACAAGCAGGCUAUAUAAGUUCCUGAGGGUUGGGCUUCACACAGAUCUCUUCCUGUGGCUACUGCCUGACAGAGUUACCUACAGAGAGAGAACUUGCUGGGCAUCUACCAUGUCCGAGGUUGGCACCCCUGAAGCCCCCAUUAAGAAAAAGCGCCCCCCUGUGAAAGAAGAAGACCUGAAGGGGGCCCGAGGGAACCUGGCCAAGAACCAGGAGAUUAAAUCUAAGACAUACCAGGUCAUGCGGGACUGUGAGCAAGCUGGCUCAGCUGCCCCAUCUGUAUUCAGCCGCAAUCGCACAGGUACCGAGACAGUCUUUGAGAAGCCCAAAGAGGGACCUGCCAAGAGCGUCUUUGGCUGAGAAGUGCACACUGCACCACCCCAAACACCUGGACACGGGAGCCUUUCCCACGAGCUUUUUGUUUUGUUUUGUUUUUUUAAUGCUGGAAGAUGCCUUUUACCCGCUGCCUCCAGAACCGUCAUGACUCCCCACAAAGCCAGCCCUUCUUUACCAGCACCUUGGAAACGCCAAUAAAGAGGGUGCCCAUGUGGCUCCAACCUUGAGAAUGUG